AUGGAGAGCUGGCCGCCCGGGCUGCAGGAGCACCGGCGCGGGGCGUAGGCGGGCGAGAGGCGUGCGUGAGGCGGGCGCUCGGGCACGAGAAGUGUGCGGGCGCGGGAGCACUUUGCGAUAGGAUGAGGCUCUUGGCUGGCGCGCGGUAGUACUAUGAUUUGGUAUGUGGCCACUUUGAUAGCAAGUGUGAUCAGCACCCGAGGUCUUGCGGCUCAAGGUGCCCACGGCCUGCGAGAGGAGCCUGAGUUUGUGACCGCCCGAGCUGGCGAGGGCGUGGUCCUACGAUGCGACGUGAUCCACCCGGUGACGGGACAGCCUCCGCCCUAUGUGGUAGAGUGGUUCAAGUUCGGGGUCCCCAUCCCUAUCUUCAUCAAGUUUGGCUACUAUCCUCCCCAUGUGGACCCUGAGUAUGCAGGCCGGGCCAGUCUCCAUGACAAAGCAUCUCUGCGACUGGAGCAGGUCCGCUCGGAGGACCAGGGCUGGUACGAGUGUAAAGUGCUCAUGCUGGACCAGCAGUAUGACACCUUCCACAAUGGCAGCUGGGUCCACCUCACCAUCAACGCCCCUCCCACCUUUACGGAAACACCCCCCCAGUACAUCGAGGCCAAGGAGGGCGGCAGUAUCACCAUGACCUGCACAGCCUUUGGGAACCCCAAGCCCAUCGUCACCUGGCUCAAGGAGGGGACGCUCCUAGGUGCUAGUGGGAAGUACCAGGUGAGUGACGGCAGUCUGACGGUGACAUCGGUUAGUCGGGAGGACAGAGGUGCCUAUACCUGCCGAGCGUACAGUAUCCAGGGGGAGGCUGUCCACACGACCCACCUGCUUGUCCAAGGACCCCCGUUCAUCGUCUCCCCUCCCGAGAACAUCACCGUCAACAUAUCCCAGGACGCUCUGCUCACCUGCCGGGCAGAGGCCUACCCAGGCAACCUCACCUAUACCUGGUACUGGCAGGACGAGAACGUCUACUUCCAGAAUGACCUGAAGCUGAGGGUGCGGAUCCUGAUCGACGGGACCCUCAUCAUCUUCCGGGUGAAGCCAGAAGACGCGGGGAAGUACACCUGUGUCCCGAGCAACAGCCUGGGGCGCUCCCCCUCGGCCUCGGCCUACCUGACUGUGCAGUACCCAGCCCGUGUCCUCAACAUGCCCCCUGUCAUUUACGUCCCCGUGGGAAUCCACGGCUAUAUCCGCUGCCCUGUGGACGCAGAGCCGCCGGCCACCGUGGUCAAGUGGAACAAGGACGGCCGCCCCCUGCAGGUCGAGAAGAACCUGGGUUGGACUCUGAUGGAGGAUGGCUCAAUUCGAAUCGAGGAGGCCACAGAGGAGGCUCUUGGCACUUACACCUGUGUGCCUUACAACACCCUGGGGACCAUGGGCCAGUCUGCCCCUGCGAGGCUCGUCCUGAAGGACCCCCCAUACUUCACGGUGCUACCAGGCUGGGAGUACAGGCAGGAGGCCGGCCGGGAGCUGCUCAUCCCCUGUGCAGCCGCCGGGGACCCCUUUCCUGUCAUCACCUGGAGGAAGGUAGGGAAGCCCAGCAGAAGCAAGCACAACGCCCUGCCCAGCGGGAGUCUCCAGUUUCGCGCCCUGAGCAAGGAGGACCACGGGGAGUGGGAAUGUGUCGCCACCAAUGUGGUCACGAGCAUCACUGCCAGCACCCACCUCACUGUCAUCGGCACCAGCCCCCAUGCCCCGGGCAGUGUCCGGGUCCAGGUUUCCAUGACAACUGCCAACGUGUCCUGGGAGCCAGGCUAUGAUGGAGGCUACGAGCAGACAUUCUCAGUUUGGAUGAAGCGGGCGCAGUUUGGGCCCCAUGACUGGUUAUCCUUGCCAGUGCCCCCGGGCCCCAGCUGGCUGCUGGUGGAUACCCUGGAGCCCGAGACAGCAUACCAGUUCAGCGUCCUGGCCCAGAACAAGCUGGGCACCAGCGCCUUCAGUGAGGUGGUCACUGUGAACACUUUAGCAUUCCCUAUCACAACUCCAGAACCCCUGGUGCUGGUUACCCCACCGAGGUGCCUCACAGCCAACAGGACCCAGCAGGGCGUGCUCCUGUCCUGGCUCCCGCCUGCCAACCACAGCUUCCCCAUCGACCGCUACGUCAUGGAGUUCCGCGUCGGGGAGCGCUGGGAGAUGCUGGACGAUGGCAUCCCAGGCACCGAUGGGGAUUUCUUUGCCAAGGAUCUGUCACAGGACACGUGGUACGAGUUCCGAGUUCUGGCCGUCAUGCAGGAUCUGAUCAGCGAACCCAGCAAUAUCGCCGGCGUCUCUAGCACAGACAUCUUCCCGCAGCCGGACCUGACUGAGGACGGGCUGGCUCGGCCCGUGUUGGCUGGAAUCGUAGCCACCAUCUGCUUCCUGGCAGCUGCCAUCCUGUUCAGCACCCUGGCCGCCUGCUUUGUCAACAAGCAGCGCAAGCGUAAGCUCAAGCGCAAAAAAGACCCUCCGCUCUCCAUCACUCACUGCAGGAAGAGCCUUGAAUCUCCCUUGUCCUCCGGCAAGGUGAGCCCUGAGAGCAUCCGCACUCUCCGAGCCCCAUCUGAGUCCUCUGAUGACCAGGGCCAGCCCGCAGCCAAGAGGAUGCUGAGCCCCACCCGGGAGAAGGAGCUGUCGCUGUACAAGAAGACCAAGAGAGCCAUCAGCAGCAGGAAAUACAGCGUGGCCAAGGCCGAGGCCGAAGCAGAGGCCACCACGCCCAUCGAGCUGAUCAGCCGAGGCCCCGACGGCCGCUUCGUGAUGGAUCCCUCUGAGAUGGAGCCUUCGCUGAAGAGCAGGCGCAUUGAGGGCUUCCCCUUUGCAGAAGAGACAGACAUGUACCCCGAGUUCCGCCAGUCAGACGAGGAGAACGAGGACCCGCUGGUGCCUGCCUCCGUGGCUGCCCUGAAGCCCCAGCUGACCCCUCUGUCAUCCAGCCAGGAGUCCUACCUGCCACCACCAGCAUACAGCCCUCGGUUCCAGCCACGCGGGCUGGAGGGCCGGCUGCAGGCCACAGGCCAGGCCAGGCCCCCGGCCCCCCGGCCCUUCCACCAUGGGCAGUAUUAUGGGUACCUCAGCAGCAGCAGCCCUGGGGAGGUGGAGCCGCCCCCCUUCUACAUGCCGGAGGUGGGCAGCCCCCUGAGCUCCGUCAUGUCCUCCCCACCCCUGCACACCGAGGGUCCCUUCGGCCACCCCACCAUCCCUGAAGAGAAUGGAGAGAACGCCUCCAACAGCACGCUGCCCUUGACUCAGACGCCUACAGGGGGGCGCUCCCCUGAGCCCUGGGGCCGGCCGGAAUUCCCCUUCGGGGGGCUAGAGACCCCGGCCAUGAUGUUCCCCCACCAGCUGCACCCCUGUGAUGUAGCCGAGAGUCUGCAGCCCAAGGCCUGCCUCCCCCGAGGACUGCCCCCCGCCUCCCUGCAGGUGCCCGCGGCCUACCCGGGCAUCCUGUCCCUGGAGGCCCCGAAGGGCUGGGCGGGCAAGUCACCUGGCAGGGCCCCUGCACCGGUGCCCCCCGCCGCCAAGUGGCAGGACAGACCUAUGCAACCUCUGGUGAGCCAAGGGCAGCUGAGACAUACCAGCCAAGGUAUGGGCAUACCCGUGUUGCCUUACCCCGAGCCGGCCGAGCCGGGGGGGCACGGCGGCCCCAGCACAUUUGGGGCCCCUCGGGGGUACGAGCCCCAGCCCCGGCCCCGGCCCAGCCCUCGGCAGGCCAGGCGGGCCGAGCCCAGUUUACAUCAAGUGGUGCUACAGCCUUCGCGGCUCUCACCUCUGACCCAAAGCCCCCUCAGCUCCCGCACCGGCUCCCCGGCACUUACGGCCCGUGCCCGGCCUCGCCCGGGCCUCCUGCAGCAGGCGGAGAUGUCUGAGAUCACUCUGCAGCCGCCGGCCGCGGUCAGCUUUUCUCGCAAGUCCACACCGUCCACGGGCUCCCCUUCCCAGAGCAGCCGCAGUGGGAGCCCCAGCUACCGGCCCGCCAUGGGCUUCACCACUCUGGCCACAGGCUACCCCUCCCCCCCGCCGGGCCCUGCCCCAGCGGGCCCUGGGGACAACUUGGACGUGUUUGGACAGACGCCUUCCCCUCGAAGAAUGGGGGAGGAACUGCUCCGACCAGAGCCCCCUGCAACAACGUUACCUACUUCAGGAAGACUUCCACCUGCACCCGGAAGUGCUGCUGUACCUGAGAGGCUGGAGGCUCUGAAAUACCAACGGAUAAAGAAGCCCAAAAAAUCAUCCAAGGGCUCUUCGAAGUCAAAGAAACGAUCCGACGGUUCUGCCUCCCAGGCUCAGCAGCUUCCCAGCUCCCAGGUUCUGUGGCCCGACGAAGCUGUGUGCCUCCGAAAGAAGAAGAGACACUCCCGCCCUGACCCCUUCGCCCGGCUCUCGGACCUGUGCCACCGCCAGGUCCCGGAAGACCAGACGGCGAUUCUCAACAGCGUGGACCACGAUGACCCAGGCCAUGCCACUCUGCUGUGACACGGCCUUGCUCUAAGUGUCCCCAGGGUGAGGGUGCCAGGCAGAAGGGACAGGGAGGGACAUGGUGCAGGGACUUGUCCUCCUCUGUCCACCACGGAACGGCCCUCUCUCCUGCCAGAGUGGGAGGCUCCCGCAGGCCCUGGCCAGUGGCCUCUCACUUCCAGGACAGAGGGUUGCGGGCAGACCUUCUCCUGUGGCUGGAGGUCAGGAAGUGAAUGGGGCCAGGGAGACAUCUGUCUUCAUCCCCACCUCUUCUCUCUUCAUUCGACUGAUUUUUCUCAGUCUUUGGAAGUGAAGGAGAGGAAAGCAA